AUAAUACAAAAAGUAUACCUCACCAGUAUGUAGCAAGUUACCAUGUUACAACCCGCAUAAAAAAUACACAGCUCAAAUCGACCGAAAAGAUGGCAGAGCAGGUAAGCGAAAUUGAAACGUCGGGAACCAUUUCCCCUGCAGAACCAUUUGAUAAAGAUGCCGACACGAAGGCACUCUUUGAAGCUACACAAGGGCUUGGCACGAAAGAGAAAGUGAUCACCGAGAUUCUAACAAAGCGGACGAACUCACAACGUCAAGACAUUAUCGAGGCUUACGUGUUAGCGUAUGAUGAGGAAUUAUUGGACGUCAUGAAGUCUGAACUGAGCGGUAACUUUCUCAGUGUCGUGGAAGGCAUACUGGACGAGCCCGCUGUGCACCUUGCUAAGGCCGUUCAUAAAUACGCUACGAAUACGAGCAUGCUCCCGACUGACCUUGGACUUCGCCUUCUUGAAAUCAUCUUUCCUUUGAAUUACUUGGAAACAAGUUACAUCAAGGAAGUUUACCAGCAAGUUUUUGGUUCCAUACUGGAUGAAGACAUCACCCUGAAUGUAUUCGGCCCUUGGAAAUUAAUCCUGAUUAAUGUUGAGAUGGGACAGCGCCAUGAGACGGCAUGCAUCGAUAGCUAUAAAGUCGAUCAAGAUGUGCAAUAUCUAGAGGAGACACCAAUAGAUGAUUGGGCACUUCCCAAUGCACGGAUUGAAGAUCUUUUGAUCAGGGACAGCGUGCAGCAUCUUCAAAAAGUCUUCAAGAGGGUGAAACAGUCGAUGAGCGAGAAGGGUGUCGACAUCAUCCAGGCAAUCAAGGAUAGUAAUAUGACGACGGAACAGAAAGAUGGCUUCGUGGCUGUAGUAUCUAUUUGCACUGACUACGUUCGCUUUAACGCCACCAUACUUCACAAAGCGAUGUCGGGGGUCGGAACCAAUGACGAUACUUUGAUUCGUGUGAUCGUCUCCAGAUGCGAGAUUGAUUUAGAAAACAUCAAGUCAGAGUUCCAGCAGAUGUACGGCGUAUCUCUUCGCGACUGGAUCUCCUCGGAUACAUCAGGCAACUAUCGGGACAUUCUACUCGCUAUCAUCGGUGAUUGACAGCGUGACCACACACAAAACAAUUUAUCCCGAUACUCUAUAACGAAACGUCGUAAAAAGAAUCAUCGUAUAAAUUCCAGG